CAAUAUCUGACAGGGCUUGUGGUUGUGGUUACACAGCAAAAGACGAAACAGAGCCCCAGUGAAUGAAUCACUCUCCUCGAAAUUCGGUAAUCCAUCCAUGACUGGAACAAGAUACGCUCGCCCAGAAACUGUGUGUAUGCUGGUCCUACCAGUACAUUUUAAUCCUCACGACUCACGGUACCCAUCUCUAUCUGGUCUGGCUGAGACCUCGUCAUCAUCAGUAUUGCCUGCAUUGGAUCUUUGCCUUUUGCCUUUUGCCUUUUGCCCCAAGGGUUGCGUCUAUCGCCAUCCGUCCACUGACGGCCUCACAUCAUCCUUCUAGUCAUGCACUAACACCGAAAAAGUACCCCGAUCGACCGACCCCUCAGUACCGAAGACAGCCCAGCCCAGCCCGGGUCAUCCCCCGUCAGCUGGUGCAGGGAGUUUUCCAGUUUCCAAUCGCUACGAGUUACGGUGCUAUUCGCCUGGCGCUACAGCCACGCUACCUCGGACUCACCAAAAGCCAUCGCGGCUUGCCGUGGCAUGACAGUGUAGCCUCAAGGUAUCUUUCUUUGGUAAUGUGUCACUGAGACUGCGGCCAGAGUUAGUUCCCAAGGUAAAAGUAUCCUCCCGUCAGUGUCUACCUGAAAUCCCGGGCAUCAGUAAUUCGCAGCACACCCCCUGCAGGCAUCCGAGGCACCUCACCUUACCUACCUACAGGCAGCUCAGGACCCGCGUACAGUGGUACAGUGGAAGCUUCUCUUCUUACUUCUUCCUUAUCCUCUCCUCUUCUCUUCUUUUCUUCCAUCAAUCUCACCCUCUUCUCCUCCUUUUAAAACACUUGCGCCUUCCUAUCAUCAGGCGACCCUCUCUAUUAUCGCCCAACAUAGUUUAUUUCUCAGAGCGUCUGUUGCCGAUUUCACGACGGGUGACGACCCUCUUGUCACCGCCGAUUGCUUAUCUCGACCACCGAUAACAGCAUUAACAUACUCGUCACCGCCCCAGGCUACCAUAUCAGCCUUCCUGGAAACAUUGCCAAAAUGGCUUCCACCACGCACAACGCUGGUCUGGACCAUGCCAUCACCGUCAAGGUGAUGUUCGAGGGCAUCACUCGUCGCACCAAGAUGCCUCUUCGGGAUAUGGUCCCAAGAACUCUUGAAUCUAAUAUCCGUACAUUCUUGCACAUUCCCGGAGAUGCCCAAGUCGCCUUUGAGCGAUACUCCGAUUCUGCUGCGUCAUAUGUCCUUCUUGAGGCUGAAAACAUCCCCAUCUACAAGCAACUCUACCGCGCCGCCAAGGCAAAGUCUAAGCUCAAGAUUCGUGUCACCAUCAAAGAACAGCCCAAGGUUACAGUACCUAAGCCUGUCACCGUCGAAGAUGAGCUUGAAACCGCCGCAUUCAGUUCUUCUCCUAUGAGCAUGGACGAGGCUCCCAAAGAAGCUCACGAGACCUCCGAAGAGCCAAGCCCUGCACCCACUCCCGCUGCUGAGGCUCCUGCACCAACCCCAGCAUCAAUCAUCACAUCUCCCGAGACGACUCUUCCGGUCCGUAUUAGCCCUCUAUCGCGAACUUACAAUUCUGCUCUCCUCAGUGAUGCUGCGAGACUCAUUGGAGAACGUCGGGAUGCUCGUCUGGAUUUUGAGAGCCGGCUGGCUAAUCUUAUGGAACGACAGUCGGUGCCAAAGCAGACCCCCCAAUCUCUCCCCGUUACCAAGCAUCAUCAGUCCCCAUUCUUUCUGCCCAAGACUGCCGAUCCAUCACUGAACAAAUGCCCUGCCAUGUUCACUCACGCUGGUCCUGGCUUCGCAGUCUGUUGCAACAGCUGCGAAAACAAUAUUCCUGAUGUUCACUACCACUGUUCCACCUGUGACGACGGAGACUUUGAUCUUUGCCAGUCUUGUGUCGAUCAAGGUAUCACCUGCCAUGGUCGAGAUCACUGGUUGAUCAAGCGCUCAACUGUUGAUGGGCAACUAGUCCAGAGCACCACCGAGACUAUCGCCCCUAAGCCUAAGGCGGAGGUCAAAGUUGAGACUAUCAUUGAGACCAAGGUCGAGCCUAAGAUUCCACCUCCAGUUCAGACAUUUCAAUUGUCCAAGCCAAUUUUCGAGCCCCUUGCUGCUCCUUGGGCCUCUCUCGGCAUCAUGCGGACAUGCAACUGCUGUGUGCAAGAACACCCUGAGGCCGAGUUUCUUCAUUGCACCGUCUGCGAAGACUUCGAUCUCUGCCAACCAUGCUUCGCUAAGGACAAGCACGGCCAUCACCCCAAGCACGGAUUUGCCCCCGCUGUCAAGGGAACCAAAAUGCCCCAUCAUGUUGCAGCCAAGAUGAGCCCAGGCCGUAACCAUAUGCACCACGCCAUUUGCGAUGGUUGCGACAAGUACAUCACAGGUAUCCGUCACAAGUGCCUCGACUGUCCUGACUGGGACUACUGUUCUACUUGCAUCAAGUCUGUGAAGAUCAUCCACCCUGGCCACCGAUUUGCGCCUAUCUAUGAGCCACUCACUGAUGUCCGGGCUCGUGCACCAGCGGCCGUCCAUGUUGGCAUUUGCUGCGACGGACCUCUUUGCUCCGGAAGCCAGGCGUACCCUAAUUACAUCCGUGGCACCCGAUACAAAUGUGCUAUCUGCAAUGAUUUGGACUUUUGUGCCAACUGCGAGGCCAGCCCCAUUAACGCUCACAACAAGACUCAUCCCUUGAUUCAGUUCAAGACUCCUGUCCGCCAUAUCAGUGUUACAACAACUGGCGAGAACCAGGAUGGCCAGUAUAUGCCCGAAAUGGGUGACCACCAGAGCACGUCCAAGUCUACUGAGACUGAACCCACGGUUCCUAGCAACUCCAUCAACCCUGUCCGUACUAUCGUUGAUGUCAAGCCAACUGAGCCUGCUCCAGCCAAGAUUUCCGUCAAGACCCCCGAGCCUGAGGUGAAGGAAAUUAAGAAGGAAUCUACUACUCCCGAGCCCAUCCCCACCCCCAAGGCGGAAUUCAAGGGCGUAUUCGUUCGCGAGACCAUCCCCGAUGGUACUAUCCUUCCCCCCAACCAUGUUUUCGAACAAACAUGGACUCUCCGCAACGAUGGCAAGGAGAACUGGCCCGCUGGUUGCUCCGUCAGAUUUGUGAGCGGCGAUUACAUGGGUCAUGUUGACUCCAAUCACCCGGCCGGCAUCUCCGAGCUUGUGUCUGCCUCAGAGUCUACCGUGUGCUAUGCUCCUCUUGGUCCUGGUCAGGAAUUUCCCUUUACUGUCCUACUCCGAACACCCGUUCGGCCUGGCAAGGUCAUCUCUUACUGGCGUCUUACAACUCCAGAUGGAGAGAAAUUUGGUCACAGACUGUGGUGUGAUGUCAAUGUCCGAAUUGUGAAGGAGGAGCCCAAGCCCGAGCCCGAGCCCGAGUCCGAGCAGGAGGCGAAGCAGGAGCCCACAGCUGUUGAGGAGCCCAAGCAGGAGAAUGAUAGCCAAGCCUCGAGUCAGAUGAUUUUCCCCAAGCUUGAGAAGGAGUCACCUGUGGCUAGCAUCCACGAGGCUGUUGAGCCUAUCUCUACCGUUGAGGAGCCUAAAGAGUCAGAAACCAUUGAUGACGAAUGGGACUAUUCUGAAGAUGGAUUCAUGACAGAUGAGGAAUACGACAUCCUGGAUGCUUCCGACGAGGAGUAUCUGGAGGAGCAAAAGAAGAAACUUGCCACCAAGUAAGCGUAAAUUUGAUUUCUUAGGAUGGGAAUGGGGGUUAUGGAUCUGAUUCUUUAUUUGUUUUUGCUUCGGCCAAUGUUGCUUCCUCUCUUUUCAAUUCUGUAUUAUUUCUUCUGUCUUCAUACCUUUCGUUGUCGUUUAUUGACGGCAACGAUAUCAAACCGGGUAGCCAUGAACAAGGCCAUAGCCAGGUAUCUACGAACCUUCUCGUAACAUGUUUAGUGAGAGAAGAACACGCUCUUUUGGUAGUUUGGACUAGGUAACUCAGGAUGCAACAAUGGGAUUCGGUGAUUUGAUAACUAAAGAUUGACUUUGCUUCGUUUCUAAGUGAUAACAUUCUUAAAUGGUAAACAUGAACCUGAUGUAUGUGUGAGGAUGUUUUCAGUUGGGCAAGUUAUGAAAUCAGAUCUGCCACGACCCUUGAUACGGCGACAAUGCCAAGUCUCGUAGAUUGUCAUCCAAUCCCGUCCACUGAUUGAAUGGCUGAUUUGCAUCAGAGAUAUGGCACGUCUUAAAUCUGAAUUGGGCUGAACAGCCAGUGUCUUAAGAAAAUCCAUGAUGCAGGCCGGUCACGGGACCUGCAUGAUAGAG